AUGGCAUCCUCUCUAGAAUACUUCUACAGGGUAUCCUCUCUAGGAUUAUACAUGGUAUCCUCUCUAGAAUACUUCUACAUAGUAUCCUCUUUAGAAUACUUCUACAUGGUAUCCUCUCUAGAAUACUUCUACAUGGUAUCCUCUCUAGAAUACUUCUACAUGGUAUCCUCUCUAGAAUACUUCUACAUGGUAUCCUCUCUAGAAUACUUCUACAUGGUAUCCUCUCUAGAAUACUUCUACAUGGUAUCCUCUCUAGAAUACUUCUACAUGGUAUCCUCUCUAGAAUACUUCUACAUGGUAUCCUCUCUAGAAUACUUCUACAUGGUAUCCUCUCUAGAAUACUUCUACAUGGUAUCCUCUCUAGAAUACUUCUACAUGGUAUCCUCUCUAGAAUACUUCUACAUGGUAUCCUCUCUAGAAUACUUCUACAUGGUAUCCUCUCUAGAAUACUUCUACAUGGUAUCCUCUCUAGAAUACUUCUACAUGGUAUCCUCUCUAGAAUACUUCUACAUGGUAUCCUCUCUAGAAUACUUCUACAUGGUAUCCUCUCUAGAAUACUUCUACAUGGUAUCCUCUCUAGAAUACUUCUACAUGGUAUCCUCUCUAGAAUACUUCUACAUGGUAUCCUCUCUAGAAUACUUCUACAUGGUAUCCUCUCUAGAAUACUUCUACAUGGUAUCCUCUCUAGAAUACUUCUACAUGGUAUCCUCUCUAGAAUACUUCUACAUGGUAUCCUCUCUAGAAUACUUCUACAUGGUAUCCUCUCUAGAAUACUUCUACAUGGUAUCCUCUCUAGAAUACUUCUACAUGGUAUCCUCUCUAGAAUACUUCUACAUGGUAUCCUCUCUAGAAUACUUCUACAUGGUAUCCUCUCUAGAAUACUUCUACAUGGUAUCCUCUCUAGAAUACUUCUACAUGGUAUCCUCUCUAGAAUACUUCUACAUGGUAUCCUCUCUAGAAUACUUCUACAUGGUAUCCUCUCUAGAAUACUUCUACAUGGUAUCCUCUCUAGAAUACUUCUACAUGGUAUCCUCUCUAGAAUACUUCUACAUGGUAUCCUCUCUAGAAUACUUCUACAUGGUAUCCUCUCUAGAAUACUUCUACAUGGUAUCCUCUCUAGAAUACUUCUACAUGGUAUCCUCUCUAGAAUACUUCUACAUGGUAUCCUCUCUAGAAUACUUCUACAUGGUAUCCUCUCUAGAAUACCUUUACAUGGUAUCCUCUCUAGGAUUCUUCCACAGGGAAUCCUACCUAGGAUACUUGAUACCCUGA